CUUAUGUGCAUUUGAUCUGUUUAGGUGGCCUUUGGUUCUCCUCUGCUCUGUAGGCGUGAGUGAGAAGGAGAGAUAGAGGGAGAGAGACGUUUGUUCCUGCUUUGCUUCUCAUAAAAGUGGGAAGAGAGGAGUGAUUAGCGACGAAGAAGGAAAUAAAGAAAGAAAUGGAGAAAGCACUGACAAAGGUUGGGAGCUUCUGGAUUUCCAAGAAAGCCAAAGAACUCUCCACCAUUUCUCAUGACCUCUCUACUUUCUCAGGUGCUGUUGAAGAGAGGGCAAAAAGGGUAUUCAACAAGCUGAAAGGUAAGCCACAAAAAUCCUUGGCAGAUGUCCUCCGAGAGUACAACCUUCCCCCUGGGUUAUUCCCUCAAAACGUGAAAUGCUACGAGUUGGAUGAAUCGAAAGGUAAGCUAAUAGUUUACUUGCCCUCUGUCUGCGAGGUGUGUUUCAAGGACUCAUCCAUCUUACGGUAUGCCACUCGAGUGAAAGCGACAUUGUCAAGGGGAAAGCUCACUGGAAUAGAAGGAAUGAAAACAAAAGUUAUAAUGUGGGUUAAAGUCAGCAGCGUUACUGUUGAGAGCUACAAAUCUGAUAAAGUGUGGUUCACUGCUGGUGUGAAGAAAACCAGGCCUAAAGAUGCAUAUGAAAUGCCUCGCGAAGCCAUUCAAGUUGAAGAAUUUUGACAACUUUUGCAAGCUAUAAUUUGCUGGUUAUUGAUUCAAGUUCUUUGUUGACAGACACAUAUCUGUACCUAUUACUUUUCAUUGGCCUUUUAUUACUCAAGUGACAUAACCUGUUGGCUGCUGCCAUGCCAGAUUGUAACCAAAAUAUUCAAAAGUUCAAACGUAA